GCGGCGGCGGCCGGUGGGGGCUGGAUGGAGGCGGCUUCGGAGUCCGAGAGGUCGGGGCCGGCGGUCGGGUCCUUCCAGCCCAGCGAGCACCAGCAUGUCCGCUAUAACCCCCUGCGGGAUGACUGGGUGCUGGUGUCCGCCCACCGGAUGAGGCGUCCCUGGCAGGGACAGGUGGAGAAACCCCCGCAAGAGGACGUCCCUCGCUGUGACCUGUCCAACCCGCUGUGCCCUGGAGCAGUGCGAGCCAAUGGAGAGGUGAAUCCGCAGUACACAAACACCUUUGUCUUUGACAAUGACUUCCCAGCACUGCAGCCGGACGCCCCGGAACCUGAUGCUUGCAACCACCCCUUGUUCCGAGCUGCAUCUGCCCGAGGAGUUUGCAAGGUCAUGUGCUUCCAUCCUUGGUCUGACCUGACACUGCCCCUCAUGUCGCUGGCAGAGAUCCGGGCAGUGAUUGACAAGUGGGCGGAGCUCGCGGUGGAGCUGGGCGCUUCUUAUCCCUGGGUGCAGAUAUUUGAGAACAAAGGGGCCAUGAUGGGAUGCUCCAACCCUCACCCUCACUGCCAGGUCUGGGCCAGUAACUUCCUCCCCAACGAAGCCCAGCUGGAGGACCGGACGCAGCGGCAGCACCUCCAGGAGCGCGGCGUGCCCUUGCUGCUGGAGUACGCCCAGCUGGAGGCCCAGAGGAAGGAGCGGCUAGUGGUGGAGAAUGCGGACUGGCUGGUGGUGGUCCCCUAUUGGGCUGUGUGGCCGUUCCAGACACUGCUCCUGCCCCGCCGUCAGGUCUGCCGCCUCCAGGAGCUCAGCGACAGCGAGAGAGACAGUCUGGCCUCCAUCAUGAAAAGGCUCCUCACCAAGUACGACAACCUCUUUGAGGUUUCCUUCCCCUACUCCAUGGGCUGGCAUGGUGCCCCCACGGGGCCUCGCUUGGGAGCAGACUGUGGGCACUGGCAGCUUCACGCCCACUACUACCCGCCCCUCCUCCGCUCGGCCGCUGUCCGCAAGUUCAUGGUGGGCUACGAGAUGCUGGCGCAGGCUCAGCGGGACCUGACGCCAGAGCAGGCCGCCGAGCGCCUGAGGGCUCUGCCCGAGGAGCAUUACAGGGUGCGGCCGCGGGAGGUGGCGUGACGAGCUGCCUUGGACGAGGAGGGGAGCUGGCACAUUGCAGAGGGGGGCCACCGGCCGCAUGCUGGCACUCGGUUACUUUGUUUUGGUGACCAGUGGGAAUUGACCAGUGGGAACUGAGGGGAUCUCCUCUGCAGCUGGAGGGGCUAGUGGGCAGAGCACGGUGGAGUCUCUUGGACAGGCCACUUUGAGGGGCGAGGCUGAGACCUGCAAACUCGUGUCACUUGUGAGCCACGUGGAAAGUGCUGCAGGUCUCAGAAGGCAUCUGAGUCUGCCCCUGUAGAGAAGCAGCCAGUACAGGGCCCACGGGCUUCCCGUCCCAUCCCCCGUGCGCCCACUGGAGGGCCCUGGCUCCUGGCGUUGGCGACUGGCUCGGUGAGCUCCCCACAGCCUCAGAGCUGGGUCUCGGGGGGGCUGUCACCCCAUGGGAGCGCCCGGGCUGCAGCGGGUGGAGAGCUGGUGUCAGCCUGCUGUGUCAGCAGCAGGGGGCGCUGUGGCAUACAUUGAAAGGGUGCUGCAGAGGGCGCUCAGGGAGUGACGUGUGUCACCCAGUAACCCCUGUGGGCUCCUGGCUCCCAUGUGCAUCAGCGAGGGGCCCAGUUCUGUGGCAGGGAGUGGUCCAGAGUCCCUAGCCCUGUGCAUCCCUCUGGCUGCUGCUGAUGGACAAAUUCUCUGUAGAUUUUUAAAGUCUUUGAUGCCCCCAGUUCCAGCCCCCCACAUGCCAGUCCCAGUGCCAGCCCCUGCCCCACUGCUGGGCUCAGAGCCUCAUCUCUGAUGAGGUUUGGCCCCUCACUCCCACCCUUUGCCCCUGCUGCCCCCCUGCUGUCGUGUGCUAGGGCCAGCGGCUGCUCUGUCGUGCCACCUGUGGGUGCUUGGCUUUUCGCUCGUUUCAAUAAAACCGAAAACCGAAGCAAC